UAUGUUGGAUUCAUGGAUUAGUUAGAUUUUGUUGUUGUUUCACAAAAUUAAGUGCUGAAAUCUACAUUAAUAAUAGCUGAAAGUGAUAGAAAUAAUACUUUUUAGGUUAUAAAGUGAAACCAUUCACUAAAUAUGACGACUUUUGAUUCCAAGUACGAUAUGUACCCAGCGGGGGAUGUAGGUGUUGUAGAGGGUGAAAUGAAUAUUCCAGGAAGAGGGCCAACAACUGGUGAUAGCAUGGAAUUCAAUACACUCGAUGAGCCUAUCAAGGAGACAUUUCUACGUGAUCUAAGAGCAGUUGGUAACAAAUUCUUUCAUGUCCUCAUACCAAGAGAGAAAACCAGUUUAUUAAAAGAAUGGGAUUUAUGGGGUCCGCUAUUGCUCUGUACAUUCAUGGCCACAAUACUACAAGGUAGUACGGAACGUGCCGACAACUCCAACGACGGUGGCCCCGAGUUUGCUGAAGUGUUUGUACUUGUGUGGAUUGGAGCCGCCGUAGUUACGUUAAACUCAAAACUUUUAGGUGGUAACAUUUCAUUCUUUCAAUCAGUGUGUGUGCUGGGCUAUUGUUUGCUGCCAAUCGCAAUAUCUCUAGUGAUAUGUAGAGUGAUACUGUUUACUACACAAAAUACAUUCCUCUUCUUUCUACGGUUCACAAUCUCCAUGUUUGGAUUUACUUGGGCUACCUUUGCUGCAACAAAGUUCCUUGGAGACAGUCAACCAGAAGGUAAAAAGUGUCUUGCCAUGUAUCCGAUAUGCUUAUUCUAUUUCAUACUGUCGUGGCUGGUCGUCUCACACAGUAAUGUCUAGGUAAUAAUAUAGUCCAGUUUAUUAUUUGUAUUUAUUAUUGUGAUAUAAAUAUUUUAGGAUAAUUAGUGUAUAUUAAGAAGUUUUUCUAAUGUAAAAAUAAUAUAUGUCGUAUGUUUUAACUUGUACAGAUGGAUAGAAAUAGGUUUUUCCUAGUUUUCUAAAUUUUCUUGUGUAUUUCAUUAAAUGCGUGUGCAAAAAACCAUACAUGUGAUCAGGCACAGAAAAUAUAAUCGAGGCUAAUCAUAGCCAUAUGUGAGAUACAGGUUUUCGUUCAUCACUUCUGUGAAUAUACCUUCGGAUUAAAUUUUUUUGGCAUGCAGUUACCGAAAUUAUACAUUAUUUUGUUGACUAGACUUACCAUCGUUUAAGCCAGUAUUAAACGUAAGUGUGUACUUAUUUAAUACCCGAAAUGUGACGAGGAUUUUUUUGAUAUAGCUCUUAUGUGAAACGACUGUCCCUCAAUUGACACUUUACAAUUAUUAUAGUAGGGGACAGUCGUUCUAAUUUUGACCACGCGCCAAAUCAGCCUUGUAUGAACAGAAACGACUGGUUUGUCCUAGUCAAACAUUAAACUAUUAUUAUUUUAUUUUAUUUUAGCAGUAAUAAAAUCUAAAGUGAU